AUGAACUCGCCGGCCCCGUCGGGUUGCCGGUUAUGCGAGGACGGCCGCCUGCAACGGAUCAUGUCCCGGGUGGCCUAUGUACGGUCGGAGGCGGACAAGCUGGCGCAACUUGACCCCAAGUACUUCAAAAUGGUGGACCAAGCCCUGGCCAACGCACCCGCCAAUUCCGACCCGGACUAUCACAUGAACAGAAUGGUCCCCUUCAGCCAAGCGAAGGAAAAGGGCGAACCCUACUUUAAAGAGUAA